UCAAAGGUUCCUGAGUAAACUGCAUGAGAAGAGCUCAAGUGUGUGUUGCGCCGAGGGUGGUUGUGACAGUGGAGGUCCUCCUCCUAAAAGAUCAGCACCUUCAGGACCAGCUUGUAGCAGCAGUGGAAUGGGAGGAAGAGCCCCUGUGUCACGUGGAAGAGAUGGCUACAGAGGCCUGCCACGAAGGGAGCCCCUGCCUUCUAGAAGAGAUGUUUAUUUGUCCCCGAGAGAUGAUGAAUAUUCCACUAAAGACAGCUAUUCAAGCAGAGAAUAUCCAAGUUCUCGAGAUACAUGAGAUUAUGCACCACCACCAAGAGAUUAUACUUACCGUGAUUACGGUCAUUCCAGUUCACGAGAUGACUAUCCAUCAAGAGGCUAUAGUGACAGAGAUGGCUGUGGUCGGGAUCGUGACUUUUCAGGUCAUCCAAGUGGAGGUUCCUACAGAGAUUCCUAUGAGAGUUAUGGUAACUCACAUAGUGCUCCACCUACACGAGGGCCCCACCAUCUUAUGGUGGAAGCAGUCGCUAUGAUGAUUACAGCAGCUCACAUGACGGAUAUGGUGGAAGUC